UUCUUCUUCUGUCCAAGUUAGACAUUGAAGAAAAUCAACAUAUACCGAAAAGUCGAAUGUGAAAGAACUUAUAAUAUAGUUUUACUUUUUCCCCUGAAAAAAAGUGUGUUUUUUUUCUCUCGUUCAACCUUUUCGUUGAUUAUCGUUUUAGUUUUGAGAGAACCGACAAAGUGACAGACAGAAGAAGAGAGAACGAAAAAUACGCAACAAAGUUUUAAUAGUGAAUUUUUAGUUUUUUUUUUCUGUUCUCUUUCAUCGUCAAAAAUACAUAUACAUAUAAAAAAAAAGAAGAAGCGAGAGAAAAUUCAGUGUGCGCGAACAAAACAGUACACGCGCAUUUAAUGAGAGAGAAAAAAAAGAGAAGAAAACGAAAAGAUAUAGAAUAAAAUAAAAAAAAAUUCGAUAUCGGAUUUGGAUAUAAACUGUGAUUGUGUGUGUGAUAAUUAAUUAAAAGAGCUGAAAACAACAUUUUACCUCUUGAUAAUUCCGAGAUUCAAAGAAGAAGAAGAAGAAGAAGCAGAAGAGAAACAAAAAAAUCGCUUUCAUUUUUGCUUCCUUUCGUACGGGACGACAAAAUGUUGAACGCAAUUUUUCGCAUUGAAAGAACGCCCAAGUAGUGUUAAAGUGAAGCGAAUCAGUGCAUAGCAACGUAACGAAACGAAGGCAAAUCAUCCAAUUAUACGAUUUACAAUCAACAAUUAUAACUAAUCCUUGAUAAUAAAGAGAGGAAAAGAAAAAAAAAGAAAUAAUAAUAGAAGAAAACAAGAAGAGGAGCACAUCCUAUGCCUCUUUCUCUUUCUCACUGUGUGUGUGUAUGUAUGUUAUUUAAGUAACAAGUGAAACAAUUUCUAAAUAGAGAGCGAAAAAGAAGAAAUUAUAGAAAACGAAAAGAAGAAAAAAAAAACAUACCAAGUGUGCAUACGGACCAAUUGUGUUGGAAUAAACGGAUCAACACCACACAAUUUAGUGAUAGAAGAAAAGACGUGGAACAACAAUAACAAGAAAAAUUAAUAAUAAUAAAAAAAAAACAAGUGAUAAAAAAGGAGUUUUAAUUUUGGCAUCUAGUGGGUGUGAGUGUGCUUGUGUGUUCGUGUGCCGUGUGAGAAAAAGGGGGAGAGAUAGAGAGUGAGGAAGUUAACGAGCGCCAUAGAGCGAGUGAAAGAGUGGCAAAGUGAAAGAGAGAGAGAGAUAUAUCGAACCGAGGGAGCAGAGAGCCUGAGCUGAAAAUGUCUUCGAAUCAGCAACAUUCUAGUACAAGUGCAUCGGCAACCAAUACAACAGGUACCACAACAACAUCGUCGUCAACAAAUCAACAACAGCCACAGCAAACACAAGAUCAACAAGCCACAGAGAAAAAGCACUCGACCACCGAUCGAGCCAUCGAUAGUGUACCUUUUCCACCAAGCCAUAAAUUAACCGUAGCAGAAGUGUUUGAUGCGCGUACCGGCAAACCUCAAUCCGAUGUACUUAAGCAACAUUUUAUACUUGAAGGACGAAUUGAAGAAGCGGCCGCCUUACGUAUCAUACAAGAAGGUGCCACUCUACUUAAAUCGGAAAAAACAAUGAUUGAUAUUGAAGCGCCCGUCACAGUAUGUGGUGAUAUUCAUGGACAAUUUUAUGAUCUCAUGAAAUUAUUUGAAGUUGGUGGACCGCCUUCAUCAACAAAAUAUCUUUUUCUCGGCGAUUACGUUGAUCGAGGAUACUUUAGCAUAGAGUGUGUUCUGUAUUUAUGGGCAUUGAAAUUAUGUUAUCCAACUACAUUAUUUUUACUGCGUGGAAAUCACGAAUGCCGACAUCUCACAGAAUAUUUCACAUUCAAACAAGAAUGUCGAAUAAAGUAUUCGGAACGUGUGUACAUCGCGUGUAUGGAAGCAUUCGACUGCUUACCGUUAGCUGCAUUAAUGAAUCAACAAUUUCUAUGUGUACAUGGCGGUUUAUCGCCCGAGAUUCAUGAUUUAGAUGAUAUUAGAAAGCUGGAUAGAUUUAAGGAACCACCAGCCUAUGGUGCAAUGUGUGAUCUAUUGUGGUCGGAUCCAUUAGAAGAUUUUGGUAACGAGAAAAAUUCAGAUUUCUUUUCGCAUAAUUCAGUGAGAGGUUGUUCGUAUUUUUACAGUUAUGCGGCGUGUUGCGAUUUCCUUCAAAACAAUAAUUUACUAUCAAUAAUUAGGGCACAUGAAGCACAAGAUGCCGGAUACCGAAUGUACCGAAAGAGUCAAACAACAGGUUUUCCAUCGUUGAUUACGAUAUUUUCGGCGCCAAAUUAUUUGGAUGUUUACAAUAACAAGGCCGCUGUAUUGAAAUAUGAAAACAAUGUAAUGAAUAUUAGACAAUUUAAUUGCUCACCUCACCCGUACUGGCUUCCAAAUUUCAUGGAUGUGUUUACAUGGUCAUUGCCAUUUGUCGGUGAAAAGGUAACCGAAAUGCUGGUCAAUGUGUUGAACAUUUGUUCGGAUGAUGAACUGAUGUCGGAUACUGACGAUGCACUCGAAGAAGUAAUCCGACAAAAGCUCGUUGUCAGACCUCCGGUUAAGAAGAUGUCCAAUUUGCGCAAGGAAGUUAUUCGAAACAAAAUUCGUGCUAUCGGUAAAAUGGCACGCGUGUUCUCGGUCCUCAGAGAGGAAUCCGAAUCGGUGUUACAAUUGAAAGGUCUCACACCAACAGGUGCAUUACCAUUGGGUGCUUUAUCCGGUGGAAAAACUUCACUCAAAAAUGCACUUCAAGGAUUCUCGCCAAAUCACAAAAUCACCUCAUUCGCUGAAGCAAAGGGCUUGGAUGCGAUUAAUGAACGAAUGCCACCGCGAAAAGAUGCAUUUAUGCAUUGUGCGUCACCAAUUGGUGGGCCAACUGGCGGUCACGGUGGUGGUGGUGGCGGUGGCGGUGCUGGCGGUCCAGUCGGCGGGACGAGCCAAGCCGAAGAUGGCGAUGGUGGAAAGUGUGGCAUCAGCGUGAAAACGGAAUCAUCGUGAAACGAUCAAACCUCAGUCAAUACUCCACGAUAGUCGUAAUAAGUUUGCUUGAUGAAAAUAUUUCGCCUCGUAUCAAUGAACUUCUCGUUCGCGGAACAAACAAAAAAUGAAAACCAACAACAAUUUUUUUUUCUUCUUGUAAAUUUAGAAAAUGAGAGAGAGAGGGAGAGAGAGAGA